AUGUCUAUGCUAAUAGUCAACGUCACACUCAUCUUAUUGGUGUUUUACCUAGCUCUAGGGACUUACAUCCAACUUGUACUUCCUUACAAGACUUCGAAAAGUGACAUGCCCAAAGAAAGGCGACACAAAGAGGAUGACCAUGAAAUUGUGAAAGAUGUUAAAAACCUGGGAGAUACAGUUGCCAGCCAAGAGAUAACGUCUACUGACAAAGUACCUGCUGGACAGACGAAUGCCAGAACCAAUGACGUCAAAACUGAGAAAAAGCUAGAAAUCAGUUCCACUAAAACUUCCACUGUUCUACGAGUUGAUGUGGCUAAGUUGAACACGAAAAAGAGAGGUAGCCAGCGAAAUGUGUCUACUGAAGAACUUGGUCAACUGUUGAAUGAAGUGAACAUAAUCCAAGAACAUAAUCAAAGUAAAUCGAACGCUUUCACACAGACACACACUAAGAAGCCAACUCUGAUCAGAUCAAGUAAUAAAGUUUAUUUUGACCCACACAUAAGAGAUGCGUUCGUAAACUUAAUACGUACUAUUGUAAGCGAUUAUGUCAUUUAUGUCCGGAAUGCUAACCAUAAUAGAUUACCUUCUGAAGACACGGAGAGAGUCGACAUCAGCAACUCAUCAUUGCGAAGCUCUAGGAAAAAACAAUUGGAACAAUCUUCGUUUCAAAGUUUGAUCAUGAAAGCUGCUAGCAGAUUAUUUGGCGGAACAACAUUGGAAAGUACUACUGACUCGCAGCUUACACAAAAAUUGGGAACUUCAAAUCAAGCAUUCAGCGACACUUAUUUUAAAAGCUCAGUUGGCAAAAUCAGUUAUCCAGAGAAAAUAGUUCAAAAGUCAGAAGCGAAAGAGAAAUAUUUAGAGAGACUUGUAUCUCUAUGGAAAUUUAAAGCACGACAAUUUUCACGCCUCUUCACUUGGUUGGUUCUUCUGCCGCACAGAACACUCUCCUUUAUUCGUAGACUAGAACUAGCCAAUCUAAAACUCAGAAUGCUUUUCUUUCAGCGGAUCAUCCAGAAUAAUAUUGACUCGAGUCUCGCAAGUCAUGUGGACAACUUGAGAGAAAGUCAAGCGAAACAAAGAAAAGCGUUUACUUCUCCGACUCCCAGAGUAGACCAGGGCGAUAACAACAAAAGAACUCAAGCUAAUGUUAACUGGCUUCGGAAAUUUCAGUUUGUAAAGAAAGAAGACAAAAAAGGAAGAAUAAGAAGAUCCUCAAACUCUAGAAGAAAAUCUGAAAACCAGAAUAGGCACACGAAGCAAAGAAUUUCCAAUCAGCUCUCAUCAACUCCGCUGUUUGAGAAAGCAAUGUCAGACACAUCUUAUGAACAACGCGGCUUGAACAAAAUUUUGAGUGACACGAGAAGGCGGAUGCUUCCAGCUUCUAGACAUCAUUCCAAAGAAGACGCUUAUGCUUUGCGGUCACGGCUAUUAGAUAUGAUAGACUUAGUAGAGUCACGACGAAACGUCUCCUCGGAAAGUAACACAGUACAUGUGAGCAAGGAGACAAAAGCUAGCAGAAAGAAAGCAGAAUAUUUGGAUAUCAAUGAUCAAUUAGACCCGGAACAAGCAUUUUCAAAGAAUGUUAAUAACGAGCCAACAGAUGCCGAUCUCGAGCUUUUAAACAACAUAGAAUUAUUAACAAAUAAAUUUCUCCGUAAGAAAAAUCAAAAUUUGUACACAGGUAACAAGUUCGAGAGAAACAGAGUGAAGAGAUCUGAAGUUAAUGUUGAAGGUAACAAGUAUGUGAGAAACAGAGUGAAGAGAUCUGAAGUUAAUGUUGAAGGUAACAAGUUCGAGAGAAACAGAGUGAAGAGAUCUGAAGUUAAUGUUGAAGGUAACAAGUUCGAGAGAAACAGAGUGAAGAGAUCUGAAGUUAAUGUUGAAGGUAACAAGUUCGAGAGAAACAGAGUGAAGAGAUCUGAAGUUUAUGUUGAAGGUAACAAGUUCGAGAGAAACAGAGUGAAGAGAUCUGAAGUUAAUGUUGAAGGUAACAAGUUCGAGAGAAACAGAGUGAAGAGAUCUGAAGUUAAUGUUGAAGGUAACAAGUUCGAGAGAAACAGAGUGAAGAGAUCUGAAGUUAAUGAUGAUGGUAACAAGUUCGAGAGAAACAGAGUGAAGAGAUCUGAAGUUAAUGAUGAUGGUAACAAGUUCGAGAGAAACAGAGUGAAGAGAUCUGAAGUUUAUGUUGAAGGUAACAAGUUCGAGAGAAACAGAGUGAAGAGAUCUGAAGUUUAUGUUGAAGGUAACAAGUUCGAGAGAAACAGAGUGAAGAGAUCUGAAGUUAAUGUUGAAGGUAACAAGUUCGAGAGAAACAGAGUGAAGAGAUCUGAAGUUAAUGAUGAUGGUAACAAGUUCGAGAGAAACAGAGUGAAGAGAUCUGAAGUUUAUGUUGAAGGUAACAAGUUCGAGAGAAACAGAGUGAAGAGAUCUGAAGUUUAUGUUGAAGGUAACAAGUUCGAGAGAAACAGAGUGAAGAGAUCUGAAGUUAAUGUUGAAGGUAACAAGUUCGAGAGAAACAGAGUGAAGAGAUCUGAAGUUAAUGAUGAUGGUACUGUAGAAGAACUGACUGAGACGGCUAACCAAGAAAAAUUAUCAAAAAUUGGCUUAGAAGACAAUGUGAAACAAUCGAAGCAAUAUCGGCACAAAUGGGGCACUCUUAGAAAACAAGCGCAAAACCUGCAGACCGAAGUCAACAACGCGAGAGACAAAUACGCUUCUGCUUCAGACGAAUUAGCCGCCUUACUGAAAAGGGGCAAUGAGCUUCAAGCUUCGGCUUCCGACUCUCAAGGAGUUCACAAGUCAAUGUUGCAAGAAAACUGGAAGAGCGCGAACAGAGAAUUCGACAACUUUAAGAAUGAUAUCACCUCAAGGGAGAAAGAGGUGCUCAGUAAUGACAAAGCAGUUAACGCUGAGAAAAUUGACCAGACUUUGUUCAAACUUGAGGACGCAAUCAGAGAACAAGGUGACCCAAACGACAGAAUUCUGGGCGAAAGCAUCGUUUUGCCGUUCAAUUUAGAAGCGAACAAGCUAGACCCUGCUCUACAAAACAUGAAACAUGAAGCCGCAUUAUCAGAGCAAAUAGCUAGUAAUGAAGUCAUGCUUGAGUCAGAAGAUGCCGAAGAUGAUGUCUUCAAAGGAAGUGAGGCGGGCGAUUACAAUAUCGUUGAUUUGGACUACGGACCGAAUGCAAAGUUUGCCGACGAAGAAGACUAUGACAUAGCUGAAGACGCCGACUCUCUGGUUGGAUUCGAUUACGAAGUAGAUCGUCACAACGAUGCCCAACUGGAAGAUGUUGACAACAUGCUCAGUAAGCUCAUUGCAAGAAGAUUUCGCUCCAAGCGGCAUACCGACUUGUCAGACUUAACGCAAGAAAAUUCUUUGAGUCCACAUAAUGCUGAAAAUACAAGAAGAAUAGAAACCAAAAUUAAAGCUAAAAGUGUGACACAUCCCGCACCAGCAAAGAGAGAAUGGCGUGAUGGUACUGAGCAAGUGAAUCAGCUGCUAAACUUGGAGAAAGAGAAUGAUUAUGUUCCAGAAGAGACGGGAGACUUUUCUGAUGUGUUGAAAGAUAUGGCAGGCAGUAAGCUUCAUGAUGAGACUAAAGAUCCUUCAUCAGACUCUGACCUUGAUUUUAGGUUCUGGGUUAAUCACUCGAACCCUGCGUCAAGGAAAAAGUUUAAUAAGAUAAAUGACAAUCUUGCCAGUGAGGAAAUUAAAAUGUUUGACAAGGAAAGACCUAGGAAAAAGUCAAUGCCUUACCGAAAGGUUUCGGAACUGCUCGGUUUCGACACUAAGGGACUUGGAAUAGAUAGCAAAAAAUUCGACAAGGACAUUAAAAAAGAAAAAUCGGAAGCAGUUAUAAUAAUUCCACUAGGAUCUAAUCUUGACAUUGAAGAUGGAAUAAAAGAAAUUGAGAAAGAGAAAGAAUUUCUUACUGCUGGAAAUGAAAGAAUUGAUGAAGAAAUUCCGGGAGAUGAUGAACUGAAACACUAUGACCAGAUUAUCGAAGAGAGUAUGGAAGAGUUUACAGAAAACAACAUAGGGAAUGAAGACAAAACGUUACUCAAACAAGAAAAGUAUCUAGAAAAAACUAAGAAAAAACUUUUCAACGCCGACUACGAGAAACAGAGACUAGAGAUAGCCUCGUCCUUGCAGAAACAGAGGAAUCAGGAGAGACGCAAAGAAGACGAGGACACUGAAGAAAUCGAUAAGAUAAACAAAGGUCUGGUUAAAGCUGUUUCAGACCUGAGUCAAGCUACUGAAGACUUGGGUAGGCCGCCACCUAAACCUGAACAUGGUGAUCAGGUACGAUCGUUGUAUGCCGAGGACAUAGAGCCUAGCUAUAGAAGAAAGCGCAACAUGGUCAUCUCAAACGUCAACUCUGUGGAUACUUUCAUAAGCUCACAAAAUCGUCAAAUCGCUAGUAAUGAUGUCAGAAAACAACGCUCGUUUGAAAACGUUAGCAGUGAUGUCCCCAAUAAACAUCUCAACGUUACUAAACUGGAUGUGUUGAAUGUGUUUGAACACUCUACGAUCCAGGCUAGACCCAAUGCUUCAUCAAGAAAACAGAGAAAAGCUAACUUAACGUUGGACGAAGAACCAGAUGUGGAUUUCUCAACAGAAGAAAGCGUUAUCAACGGCUUUGGUGACGAGUUUGAUGAGGACGAGCAUUAUCAUGCUGGCAGCUACGUCGAUGAUGACUUGUAUAACAUUGAUGAGGACGGUGAUGUCCUGACAGAAGAAUGGGAUCCCGAGAAGCCGCCGAUGAAAAAAAACAAACCAAAAUUAAAAUCCAAGAAAGAUGACAUUGAUAGCCAGCUACUGGAAACAAAGUCCGUAGUUAGACAACUGAAAGAGGAAGAAGACUUCGCAGCUUUUAUGUUGCCACCCAGUUCAAUGAUAAGCUCUGAAAGAGACUUACUUGAGUUUGGUAGAAAGCCUGACGCAAAAGAUGUUUUCGUCAACAUCUUGGAACCAGUCGGACUAGCAGAACUAUCCGAGGCGGAGGUGAACGAGCUCAACGGUCCCGUUCUCUCCCCCACGGACAUUGAGCGAUCUCUUGAGGAUCCCACAAAGCUUGUCUCUGCCCUCAGAGACAUUGAGAACGAGAUCAAGGAUACGAAGCUCUCUAUGAUAACUCAGACACAAGCUCUCAGUCAACUCGAAGGGCAGGCGCCGAACGAAGGAGGCGUAAGGUCCCAAGCCCUGGUCGAGGAUGAUGAUUCGGUGGAUGAGGUUUUUCGCCAGAUCAACCGAGCCGAAGAUAUAGGUCACACGGCUUUGGAAAAGAAAGCUAUUGACGAGCGAUACAGCUUGCUGGAGGAUGCUCGUAGAACUCGUUUAAGGCAACGGUUGCUUGACAAGGAGGACACUGAGAAUGUUGCUCUAGUAGGAAGCGUCCUUGGUGAGGCACUGCAAGACCUGGACCAGUAUAGUAUGGACAAGGAGGACACUGAGAAUGUUGCUCUAGUAGGAAGCGUCCUUGGUGAGGCACUGCAAGACCUCGACCAGUAUAGUGUGGACAAGGAGGUGGAGACCCUGAGAAGCCUAGGCUCUUUUCAGGAUGUACUCGAAGAGAAAAGAAAUUAA